AAGCAAUCAUUUCUCCUUCUCUCUGGCUACAUUCUUGCAGCCAUUGAGAAAUACUGUGAGAGCUGUGAUUGGUCACAGCUUGUCACAUGGUACAAGGCUCUUGUGAAUAGCCUUGUACCAUGUGACCUCUGUGAUCAUUCACAGAUUUCACAUGUAGUAAGCAAUGAUGUCAGGAAAUGCCAUCUUGUUUACUACUGUUCCUGUGAUCACUGAUUGGCCAAUCAGUGAUCACAUGACAGUUGUAUAUAAUGGAUAACUUCCUUUCAUGCCAUCCAUUGUAUACAAGUUUGUCUAGCUGUGAAUGGUCACAGCGAUCACAUGCACAGGCUGGGCCAAUCACAGCCCAUCUGUGUCAUGUGAUUAGCCGUGGCCAAUCACAGCUAA